UUAAAUGACGUGCAGAUCAAUUGAAGUAGAAAUUUAACUUGUUGCUGAGAACCUGCCAGAACUGAGCACUGGAGAUCUCUCUCAUUGCGCAUUUGUGUGUUCCUCUCUCUCUAUUUUAGACUGGAUAGCUGGGCCUCCGGACUUCAUUUUUCCAAGGCGGACCGAAGGAGCAUGGAUACUCGUAUGCUAGCACUCCUGUUGUUCUGUCUCUGCAGUCAAGGACUGAGCGACGACGGGCUAUUUGAAAAUGGGACAGGCAGCUCUGGAAAAAUUCCUCUUGUGCCCCUAAUACCCCUGAUGCCCAGCCUUCCUAUAGGGGACCCUCUCUCCCCUACCAGUAAUGGGUCUGUGCCCCUGGAAAGCUCGGAAGAGGAGGAAGACCUGAAGGACUGUGGGGGUCUGGCUUCCAGUGCCAGCGCUAAACGGGCUGUAGGGGGCGCUAUAAUGAAACUGGGCCUGGAGCUCCUGAAGACACUGAAGGACAGUCCAGAGCAGCCCAACACAAUCAUCUCACCGCUUAGCAUCUCUCUAGCUCUCUCACAGCUGGCUCUCGGGGCGGUGAAUGAGACUGAGCAACUGCUCCUGCAUGCUCUGCAUGCAGAUGCCCUGCCCUGCUACCACAAGGUCCUACGAGGGCUUCUCAAACAGCUGCAUGGGGGCGCCCUACAAGUGGCCACCCGGCUGUACCUGAAACCAGGGUUUAAAGUAAAGGAAGCCUUUGCUAAAGAGUCCCUGCAUAUGUAUAAGUCGGAUACAAUGGCCCUUGCUGGCCUGGAGGAAGUGAACAAGUGGGUGGAGAAAGCCACAAAGGGUGUGAUCACCAACUUCCUGUCCAGUGUACCGGCUGAUUUAGUCCUCAUGCUCAUCAAUGCUGUACACUUUAAAGGGCAAUGGCAAGCUCGCUUUGAUACCCGUUUCACCUCAAAGGACCUCUUCUAUCUCAAUGACAAGGAAGUGGUCCACGUGGACACGAUGCUGGGCCCGAAGUAUCCCCUGAGUCUGCUCAUCGACGUCGACCUGGACGCCAUGGUGGCCCUGUUCCCUUUUAAGCAGGGCAUGAGCCUGCUGGUGGUGAUGCCCUCUUCAGGGCAGGUGAACAUGUCGGCUAUCGGUGCCAAGCUCAACACCACAGACCUGUAUGCCCGUUUGGGACGUCCCAAGACCAUGCAGGUCAAACUUCCCAAAUUCACACUGGAAUAUGGGAGUGAGCUGAAGGAAGCCCUCACUAGCAUGGGGCUUGGGGAGCUCUUUUCCAGACCCAACCUGGCAAAGAUAGCGGACGGCUCCCUGCUGGUGUCCAGCGUGCAGCACAAGUCCUCCAUGGAGCUGAACGAGGAGGGCGCGGAGGCGACGGCUGCCACCAGCGUGACCUUAUCUCGCUCCAACCCCACCUUCAGCGUCAACCAACCCUUCUUCUUCGCCCUCAUGGACGAUAAAACGCAGACCCCCCUCUUCCUGGGAGUGGUCAGGAACCCUAACCCUGCCGCCCCUGUCAUACAGAUUGGGGGCUCAGGGAACAAUGAUAAAUUGCCUGACAAGACUAAUGGGCACUCUGUUAACCAGCUACCCAAGUAAUUGCAACCUGAUGGGCUGAGAAUAGAGUAAGGCAACUGACCUGGAACUGCAAGGCUGUCUAUCAGGGAGAGGAAAAUGCACACAUGCAAGCAUUUCGCACUGUGACAAACACACACACACACACACACACACACACACACACACACACACGUAAACAGAUAUUCACACGCGCACACUCACACUGAUACCAACACCAAUCGCACAUUGAUACCAAUAAAUAAAUGUAUUAUUUUCCCCAAUGCCAGUGUUCAGGAAUACAAACGUUGAGGCAAAGCAUCCCAGUAUUCAGAACAGGGUGAAUAUGUGAAAACAACCACAGUGCUGAGGCAUCCUUUCCCUUUUAACAGCAAUAUUAGUAGCGCACUAGGUCCCCUUUUCUCCUGAAUUUCACUAACUGUUCUCGUGGAGCAUCUUGAUGUUUUCGAUUAAAGAAAUGUUACUGAAAAUGA